GAUGACCAGAUGCUUGGUGACCAUGACGACACAAUACAGUACAUUCCCAAUAACAGCUGGAACAGCAUACAGAGCCUAAAGAGACCACAAGCACUUGAGAGAGCCAUAGAUAAAGCUCUGGAAUCCAUGGCAGAUAUGAAAACAACAACUGCAAUGGAGAUCAGAGAUCUAGGCCAUCAGCUACUGGCAAACUCACCAGCCACCUCAAAAUGGCAAGGUGCCCCAAAUGCAACCCAAACUUAUGCUAGCAUAACAAAAAAUGACAAAGACAAAAAUCUGACACAAAAGCCACCCACAGUGAACCCUAUGGACCUGAACCACCACUCGAGACUAGUAAACUUGGAACUUGCAAAACACGAUGACUCAAAACACAUCUGUGUAACCACAGUGAAAUCUACUAAGAUUUAGUGACUACAUUGCUCCAAUCCUCACCCAAGGAAAGGAAUGCAUUAUGCAAACAACUGUCAAAUGGAGGAAACUGCUGCUACAUGG